AUGGUCCCCUUUUCCAUUCAAACUAAAAAAGUUAAAGUUCUCAUUGUUAAGCUCGAACAUGUUGGGAAACAAAUCCAGGAUCUGAUCACUGAGAUGGCAAUAAUGAAAAGUUGCAUAUCUAAUGUUAAUGGCCUCCUCUCAGACAUUAUAAAGACCAGGUACCCAUUGAUAACAAUUACUCUUCGGAAACAUCUUGUUGAAAAUCUAAUACCUGUGUUCACUGUGGUACAUCUCUUGGAGGGUUUUCCAGAUCCUUCUGUUAUUUCGAAACAAGGGGGAGAUCAACCGAAAAAGCCUUCAACAACUUUAGCAAAGCCAACCACUUCAGUCAAGCCAAGCAUUAAGAGUGACUCUGAGCCUAACGACAAAGACAAGAUUUUUUCUGCGGAGCCCAUAGUUGAUAACAGCGACGAAGAAGAACUUGAUGAAGAAGAACUCAAAAGGCGAAAGGCUCGUGAGGCUGAACUGGAUGACAAUCAAUUAAUUGUCAGAGAGGAUGAAGCCAUGGAGAAAGCUGAAAAAGAAGCAAGGUCCGCUCUUGAAAGCAGGAAAAUCUUGUUUCCUAUUUUGGAUGUUAAAAAGGAUUCAGAGUCAAGCUGUUGA